UAUUGAAGUUUAUAAUACUCGUAGCACCAUGGACAAGUUCUACCAGUACUACUUAACUGCCGGCUGCGACUUCUCUAGCGUGUCUGAUACCACACCAGAUCACUCAAAAAGUCAGAAAGCAAAAAGUCUUCUCUUUUGUCCCUGUCCUAACUCCUAACUCCUAUCGUCAGGUUCCAGCAGGCUGCAGGUUGCGCGGCUGCCAGGUGCUCGCGCGAGUCGGCUCAUCUCGGUCUCGAUAGCAUGGCGGGAGCCCACUCCGUCGUCUUCCUCGUCACCGGGCUCGCGAUGGUGUUCGUCGUCCACGUCUUCAUGCUCUUCUGGGCGCUGAACUGGUGCUGCCGGGCACAACCCUCGUCCCGCGUCGGGGAGCGCGCGGAGGAAGGCGGCGGGGGCCUUUCGGCCAAGCAGGUCGGCGAGCUUCCGUGCCACGAGUGCAAGGAGGGCCCCGGCGCCGGCGAGUGCGCGGUGUGCCUGGAGGCGUUCCGCGCGGGCGACCGGCGCAGGGUGCUGCCGGGCUGCGAGCACGGGUUCCACGCGGAGUGCGUGGAUUCGUGGCUGCGCAAGAGCCGCCGGUGCCCCAUCUGCCGAGCAGAGGUGGUCGUGGUGGCCGCGCAUGGCAAGAACGCCGGUGAGGUGGCGGAGGCUACCGCCGUGGAGAUCGUUACCGAAAGAUAGCUAGCUAGCUAGGUAGCUUUGUGUCAUCAUGUCACGGGCAUGGCAAGAACGCCGGCAUGCGUUUGACUGUUUGGUGUUUCGCUUUGCCGUCCUGCUUU